GUAUGAGUCUAAAUAUAUAGGGUUGUCAAAGCUCCAGUGUUUGGAUAGAAGUGUUGCAGCUUUAAAGAAGUCACUCAUAAGUAAAGGCACAAUGAGAGACAUUAUCCCCAGGAACAAGACGAAAGGUGUUGACAUCUGUGCAGGGAAAGAGUACACUUAUAUAAUCCGAUCUGAUCUCGGCUGCUAUAUGCAAAUAAGUGAUUUACACAAAGGUUCAGACCUCACUGUAUUCAAGCUGCACCCCUCCUGCCAAAAUGGAGACCAUUAUCUUGCUGAUAUGGAUGGCCACUUUUACAUCAUUAAGGGCGAAUCGUACCGCAGAGUCACAGACCUGUCAACAGAUGCUGAUGCUGUAGUUGAAGAACUUGAUCCCGACUUCCGAGAUGGAGAACACUACUUAGGCAUCAAUAAAUUCUUUGUUGUCAUAUUCAAAGGAAGGGGAAUUUUCAGAAUAACAUCUGGCCUGGGUAGCGUCUCCACUGAUGUAAAACUAAAUUUGAAACCUGAAUCGAGUAAUGGUCUCUAUUACUGGGGCCUGUCAGAUUGCUGUUGUUUCCUGAAGCCGGUCUCAAAGUGGGAAGUCGAAUACUGCAAAGGCGCUGACCUUGAGAAAGAUGAUAGUCUUUUAGUCUAUUCUGUUCACCCUGAUGUUGUGAACUUUCUGCCUGGCGGUCUGUCUUUAACUCAAGGUCCAGCCUUUGGUCGGUGGGAGAACAUAAAAUCUAUACAAAUGAACUGUGACACAACAGGGACAUGGCGAAAUAAAAUAACUAAAAAGGUGGGAUUCAACAAGGAGAAGAUGAUACAGAUCAUGCACAACUGGAAGAUAUGCCCAUCAUCCUUGAUCCAGUCUGGAGAUCUCGCAGGGUUAAUCGCCAAGGUCCAGUUCUCUAUGUCAGCAGAAUAUGGAGGUUCACAUGUGAACACUGAGAAGCAAAGCUGGAAUGAAGUGACUGAAGUGGAAGAGGAACUGUCACUGGAGCUGAAACCCAAGCAGUGUUUAUAUGUGUGGCAGUACAGACUGGGUUUUUGUGAUGAACCGGUGUUGUUCUGUCGUGAUUUAAUCAUUGGUGAUGAGCCGAAUCCUCCAACUGAAGCCAAACCAUUGCUGGAGCUUUCCAAAAGUUCAACUGAUUAAAAUCUUUUAGUUGAAUGAAUUAUAAAACUAGUUGAGUCAAGGUUGGGUCAACUGGAAAAUAAGAAUUCUAGUAACUCUUCAAUUCAAGUACUUUCAAGUACAAAGAAUUAAGCCUGUCACUAAGAUACAUUUGGACACCUCAUACAAACCUUAAUGAUGGUGUAAAAACAUUCAAACAUAUCAAACUCAAUGCAUGCUGCAGUUACAUAGGAGAAAAAAAACUUUAUUUUGUAUUAUGAUUUGUUGGGUAUCACGGAUCAAGAUCACAACUAAAGGAAACACCAAACACUAUCAGAGUGACUUCUUGUUCACAACUGGGGCCCGUUUCAGAGAAAGGGUUUUGGGAAAACUCUUGAGUAUAUUUACACUGAAAUGAAGGAAUCUCUGAGUUUUCUAUUUCAGAAUGUGAGGUGUGUCAAACCCGAGAAAGCAGGGUAACUCAAGCCCGUUUCAAAAAGAGAGGUCAUCGCAGUCAGAAGCCAUAGUGACUUACUCUGUUAAAGAGGAAGUAGUGUUCCUCAUUCAUUCUCUCAUUAAUACAGUCAUUCAUGGCACACAUUAUGAUCACACAGAGACCAGCUCACUGACCAAUGACAAAUGUGCUUUUAUAGAUGAUCCUGUAUGUGAAAAGGCUGCAUUCAUUCAUAUGGAUGAACUUAGAUUUCAGGAGAGCAAUUUAGGACCUGAGUGAAAUUUUGUCAUUUCCCUGUGCAUUUAUAUUAAAACUGAACCAUGUUUCUUUUUAUUGAAUUAGAUUAAUCAGAACAUAUCAUCCUUCCUUACAUCAGUAACAUCUGCCAUCAUGUGUG